GAUUCAGUUGCAGUAGUUUGGAUUUUCUUUAUUUAAGACAGAUGAUUAUAUAUAUUGGGUUAUGAUUAGUUUAUUUUUCUUCAAUGAUUAAGUUCUUCAAGAGAAACUUAUAAACCACCAAAGAAAUGAAAUCUAUCAACAAUGGUGAUGAAAAUUCAAACUGGUUAGGGUUUUCACUUUCUCCUCAUCAUCACCACUCUACUUCUUCUUCUUCUUCUUCUGCUCAUCAUACUUCAAUGGCGCCAAGUUUUUUCGAUUCUCAGACAAAUUUCAGUUAUAACAGUUACUGUAAUGAACAUCAAAAUACUGGGUUUUACUCCUCUUUACCAGUUAUGCCACUUAAAUCUGAUGGGUCUCUCUGUAUUAUAGAAGCUCUUACCAGAUCACAACCUCAAGCAUCAGCAAAUUUAGUGACAUCUUCAACCCCAAAACUUGAGGAUUUCUUCGGGACCCAUCAUCAUCAUCAAUAUGAAACCAGUAAUCAUACCGAAGCCAUGAAUCUUAGUUCAGACAGCAUCUAUUAUCAAACUCAAAAUCACAGACAGCAACAGAUUCAACUCCAAAGCUACCCGUAUUAUGAAAUGUUAGUAGCAGAUCAAGAACAACCAAAACCAUCCCGUGUUCCAAAUUUCAAUCUUCAGCUUCCGACAAUAACAAUUAAUGGAAAUGGCGACGAGUUAAGCGAAAUGAGAAACUGGUAUUCAAGAAACUACGCGUGCAUGGCUGAUAAUAAUAAUGUUAGUGCAGUCACAUACGGAGAUUUGAAUUCUUUGAGCUUGUCGAUGAGUCCCGGCUCUCAAUCUAGCAGUGUUACGGGCUCUCAACAAUUUUCAAGUGCUGUAACUGAAUCUGUAGCAGUUAUAGAAACUAAGAAACGAGGGUCUGAUAAAAUGGAUCAGAAACAAAUUGUUCAUAGGAAAUCUAUUGAUACAUUUGGUCAAAGAACUUCUCAAUAUAGAGGUGUUACAAGACAUAGAUGGACAGGGAGAUAUGAAGCUCAUUUGUGGGAUAAUAGUUGUAAGAAGGAAGGUCAAAGCAGAAAAGGAAGACAAGUUUAUCUGGGAGGUUAUGAUAUGGAAGAAAAAGCUGCAAGAGCUUAUGAUCAAGCUGCACUUAAGUAUUGGGGUCCCUCUACUCACAUAAAUUUCCCUCUGGAAAAUUAUAAAAAGGAACUUGAAGAAAUGAAUGAUAUGACUAGACAAGAGUAUGUUGCUCAUUUGAGAAGGAAAAGUAGUGGUUUCUCUAGAGGUGCUUCUAUGUAUAGAGGAGUAACAAGGCAUCAUCAGCAUGGAAGAUGGCAGGCUCGGAUCGGAAGGGUGGCCGGAAAUAAGGACCUUUAUCUAGGAACAUUCAGCACACAAGAGGAAGCAGCUGAAGCAUACGAUGUAGCAGCUAUAAAAUUUCGUGGUGUAAAUGCCGUAACAAAUUUCGAUAUAACAAGGUAUGAUGUCGAAAGUAUUAUGGCAAGCAAUACGCUUCUUGCCGGAGAAUCAGCAAGGCGAAACAAAGGCACACCAACCACUAAUAAUGAUGCUGAUGGGGCAAUAAACAAUAAUCCUUCAAUUCCUAGCAACACUGCAGUUGGAGAGGAAAUAAUCCCCUCGCUGAAAAUCAACAAAAUCGAAUCAGAUUGGAAAAUGACAAUGUACCAAUCCGCCCAGCAACUCGAGCAAAAAACAUCGAACAUCGUCGAUAGUUAUAAUGCCCGAGCCGCCUUUUCAUUGGCACUGGAGAAUGUGAAUGAAGAUUUGAGCAAGACGGGGAAUCACUUGUCGAAUGCAUCUUCGUUGGUUACGAGUUUAAGUAGCUCGAGAGAAGACAGCCCGGAACGAGGCAGCUUGCCGAUGCUAUUUUCGAAUUCUUGGAUCCCAACAGCUCAAAUAAGGGCAGCUGCAGUUUCAUUGCCUCAUAUGCCUGUUUUUGCUGCUUGGACAGAUGCAUAGUCUAGAGGAGUGUUUUGGUUAGGUUGGAAAAUUAUUUUGCAUGGGAACUAAAAUCAAAACAUGGGAUAAAAGGGAAAAAAAAGUAAGAUUGGUUGUUUUAAUGUGUUUUUUUUUUCUUUUUCUUUUUUAAGAUUUAGUAGUUAGUGGAGAAAAUUGGGUGGGGGCAGGGUGGUAACUAACGGAGUUGUUGUAAGUAACACCUUUUCAUGAACAAGAACCUCAAAUUUUCAAACCUAUAUCCAAUUCCAUCUCUCAUUUGUCAAA